UAAGGGAGUCCUGUGGUUUCUGAGUGUUUCUGCGAGUUGUUUGAUAAGACGCAGCAUGGAUGUCAUGAACGAGUGGAUUCCGGCAGUUUCAUCGUAACCUCCCACAAUAAACGGGAGAAGGCAUCAGUAAAGACCCUCACGUCAGUCAGUCUAGAGUCAAGCUGUUUCUCUGAGGGGAAGCUGUUUGAACCUGCACCAAUGGUUUGGGACAAACCCUCCUUCACACUCAAUGUCUCAGCUACCUUCCUCCUCAGUGCAGCGUUCUGCUUCUCACAGGAAGAAGGCUCCGGUUAUCUAUUCAUCGGAAGAAGUAUACACUUUGAUCAAGAGUCCACACAAAAUUAUUCUGACGCCAAUAAAACUAUCUUAGACAAAUCAGCCAAACAUUUCCUAACCACAGCUAUUACGACAGCAGUGAUUCCUGCUCUUUAUAUCAUCAUCGUUGCCUUUGGUCUGCCUGCCAAUGGGUUGGCUAUGAUCAAUCUCAUCACCAAGGUGCAACGAGUGCCUUCCACCAUCUUCCUGAUGAACCUGGCGACAGCCGACCUUCUCCUGAUUCUGGUGCUCCCGUUCAAGAUCCACUAUCACUUCCAGGGCAACAACUGGAUCUUCGGCGAAGCCCUGUGCCGGACGAUGACGGCCUUCUUCUACGGGAACAUGUACUGCUCCAUCCUGCUCCUCACCUUCAUCAGCGUCGACCGAUACUUUGCUCUGGUCCACCCAUUCUACUCCAGACGCUUCAGAGACAAUAGGUCCGCUGUGGUUGUCUGCUCGAUGAUUUGGACUCUUGUAGCACUCUCUGUGUUACCCUUUCUCCUCCAGAGGCAGGUGUACUCAUUCCAGGAAUUAAACAUCACAACCUGCCACGAUGUUUUACCAAGGACCACACAACAGGGUUAUUUUUUCUAUUAUUUUCUAUGCUUGGUUGUGUUGGGUUUUCUCAUUCCCUGUCUUAUAACUGUGUUUUGCUAUGUAACUGUAAUCAAAACGCUGAUGAUGAAAAAUGAUAAGUAUGCCAAAGCAAUAAGGACCAUAAUACUCGUGCUGAUUAUAUAUGUGUUUUGCUUCACGCCCAGUAAUACUAUCUUGCUCAUCCACUUCUCACAGUUUGGCCUUGCAGAGAACAAUCACCUGUAUUUAUAUUAUGUGAUCUGCCUGGUAUUAAGCACAUUCAACAGCUGUGUUGACCCUUUCCUGUAUUACUAUAUGUCCGACGACUUCCGUGACAAUGUGAGGAGCCUUAUGUCUUUUAGUAAGGAGAAGAAAAGUGAGGAUUCCAUAAAAACUUUCCUUCACACAGACAGCACCUCAACAUCAAAAAGUAUAGCAUCUAAAUGUGUGUCUUCUACUUUGAAAAACUCAGGAAGUCUUGGAUCAAGAGAAAUUAAUGGUUGCAACAGAGAAUUCCAGAAGUGAAAUUAAGUAAUGAAAAGAUAAGUAGGGUUUUGAUUUCUAAUAGCAGAGACAUUGAUUGAAAGUAUAAAGAAGGCACUUGUAUAAAAUGAUGCCUGGGUCACAGUUUGAGAUUCUGCACAAAUUGUGUUUUCUUGCUGAUAGGUCAUAAAAGCAGGGAGACGCUUAGAAUCUAGGUCAAAUAUCUGGGAAGAUGGAAUUACUUCCACAGAUGCAGAAAUUGUCAAGCAUGCAUUUAAGAAUUUUUAGAAUUACAGCAGGUAUUUAUUAGCUGGUAAUUGAUUAUAUAAAGGAUAGAAGUUUUGUAAAGUGGUAGCAAUAUGCCUACAUCCCCAGGAAUGUUCUAGCAGGUUGCAGGGGAAAGCAUUAAACAUCCCAGGUUCAAUGGUUUUAUUGAACAUCAGAGAAUGUAUAGUGUACAACCUGAAAUUCUCACUCUUCACAGACAUCCACAAAACAGAAAAGAACCGCAAAGAAUAAAUGACAAAAAAAGUUAGAAACCCAAAGCCUCCAUCCCCCCCCCUCCUACACACAAGCAGUAGCAAAGCAUCGCCCCCUCCCCCUGCUCCUCCCUUCACCCAUUCCAGCAAUGGUGUUUUAUGAAAGACACAACAUAAUAGGAAGAUCAUUGAACUAAAUCAUUGAAUUAGAUUCAUCAUGGACGAUGAGUACUCAUAACCUUUUAUGAUUUUAUUUCAGACUUUCAACAUUUGAUUGGGAAGUCCUGGAAAAAAGUGCUUCUCUGGUUUUAUGUCAGUGGUUUUAAAUAAUCAUAGGAAUGCAAAGAGAGUUUCACAGGCAUUUUUAUAAACUCCGAUGUUUUGUCACCGGGGGGGGGGGGGGGAUGGAAGCAGAAGCCAUUCCGUCUAUGAAAGAUAAAUGAGAUAAAUACUUGAAGCAGUGAAAAAUACGAGACGGCGUGGACAGAUGCAGCAAAAUGGGAUUAGGUCGAAAUAGGUACUGUGCUUUGGAAAGAUUGUCAGUUUUAGAAUUAAUUUGAGGAAUGUUACAGGGUUGUGGACAGAGAGCACAGCGUGGGAUUAGUUUGGGUAUGGUACAGGACUUAGGGAGUGUGUGAAGUCUUCUGAUUAAUUCUUAGAAUGACACAAAAAUGAGAAGAGCAUGCUGAAUAUAAAUAUAUCUAUAUUUAGGAAGAGCAGGAUUUAGGGAUUAGUUUGAUGUUAUUAUGGGAAAAUGGAGAGAGCAAAGGGAUGGAAUUUAGUUCUGUUGAUAAGCUAAAAAUAGAUGUCAGUAGCUGUGGUUUUGUAUUGUUCCAGCACUCACUCAUGCAGUGAAUUUAUCUAGUUUUAACUUUAUAAACUUAUUUUUCAGACCUUUGUUUAUUUGUCAUAUUAUUGAAGGACAGUCGAAUCACUAAUGUGAGUCUGAUAUAUGCUUUCAUGUAAACUUUUUAAAUACUUUCUGCAUUUAUUUCUGAUCUCCUCAUCUGGGGCUGAGUUUCCAUACUUUGCCUAGUCCUUCGCUUUUGAAAGGAGUCCAGCGCUGAGCCAAGCCCCACAUCUACAGGUAGAGGCACUUUAAUGUCUGCAGUGAUGCCAAAAUACAUUUCACAUAAGUCAAAUAUGUGAGUCACUGUCAGUGUCACCAAAGGCCAAGCUGCUAACUGUAAUGCUCUCACCAACCUUUGGCUAAAUCUCUAUUACUGGCCAUUACUGUGCGUGCAUUCUCAUGAGGAAACUUACCGCUUUGUGACACAGAACAGUAAAACAAAAUACACUUCUUAGCAAAGCAGAGAACCCUCCUCUGUCGCAAUAACCUAAAGAGAGUCCAACUGUUUCCUGUUUAAUACUCAUUUGGAGCAAAUGCCCAAUGGGAACCUGGUAGAGAUCAAACAUGGAACAACUGGCACAGAUAAAUUUUGUUUUAUAUUGAGCAAAGAGAUUCUGCAGGAGAACGUGAAGAAAGGGAGAGUGGAGAGAAAGAGAGUGAGAGAGAGUGAAAGUGAGAGUGAGGGAGUGUGGGAAUGAGAGAGAGUGAGAGGAAGAGAAAGGGAGAGAGUGAGAAUGAGAGAGACAAUGAGAGGAAGAGAGAGAGGAGGAGAGA